AUGUACCAGAGGUACUGUCUUCAUGUACCAGAGGUACUGGCCUCAUGUACCAGAGGUACUGUCUUCAUGUACCAGAGGUACUGACCUCAUGUACCAGAGGUACUGUCUUUAUGUACCCCAGACACAUGCUUCAUGAACCCCAAAAUUGGAGAAACUGAGUUUUCAACAACAAUCAGGAAUCGUUUAUUGCAUCAUAUAUUACAUACAUGGAAUUUGACUUGGCGGUUGGUGCGUGACAGCAGAAUGUACGACAAUGGACAACAGACAACGUAGUGCAGGAAUAAGAUAAACAUUUUCUUUUUAAAGUGCUGUAGACCUUCAUCUUCUCCACCUCAGGCACCAUGAUAUUAUCUGGACAUUGAUGGACAUCUCAUCAGCUGUGUCACUGAGAGAGAGGACUCUGUGUCUGAGUAACAUUGACUAAAAUAAAACAUUAUCAAAGCUUUUUCCAACAGAUGUUUACAUUUGAAAGGGAGGCACUUCCUGGAGAUUUCCCCUCAUCCGUUGGACUUUGGUUCCCGGAAAUAGCAGCGGAGUGAGACCUCCCCGUAGCCCCGCCCCUAGCCCCGCCCACGUCCUCUCAGGUGGUCACAGCAGCAGGGCCGAGGACGGUGACGUAUGAUUUCCAGGCCACACCUCCGUGGGUAGAACCCUCGACGUGACUCCUCAUAACUUCUCCCGGAGGUACCCACAUCUGACCCGGGCACUCGAGCACUGCGCGGCGGCGAGGACCGGAUGUGUCUGCCUCUCCGGACGACGUGACGUGGGUCCAGGUGUGGCCGCUUACCUGCAGCGCGGGGCUUCUCCUGCAGAGAGCUUAGAAGGUGGUGAAGCUGCUCCGAGACGGGCCGAGUAGUUCUCAACAUGCCGGAACUCAUCCGCGUGAGCGAGUUCAUCGAGGAGACGAACGAGGACUUCAAAGCCCCGACAACCUCGAGCUUCAGUACCCGGAUGUCCCACUGCAGGAACACCGUGUCGGCUCUGGAGGAGGUUCUGGACGUGGACCGGUCAGUCCUGCAUAAGAUCAAGAAGUCGGUGAAGGCCAUCAACGCGUCUGGUCUCGCGCACGUGGACAUGGAGGAGCAGUACGUCCAGUCUGUGGAGAAGUUCGGAAACAACUGCGUCGGCAGGGAGGACGUGGAGGUCGGCACAGCCUUCCUCAAGUUCGCCGUCUUCACCAAAGAGCUGACGGCGCUCUUCAAGAACCUGCUCCAGAACAUGAACAACAUCAUCACCUUCCCUCUGGACAGCCUGCUGAAGGGAGACCUGAAGGGAGUCAAGGGGGACCUAAAGAAGCCGUUCGACAAAUCCUGGAAGGAUUAUGAGACCAAACUGGCGAAGCUAGAGAAGGAGAAGAGGGAGCACGCCAAGCAGCACGGGAUGAUCCGCACCGAGUUCAGCGGGGGGGAGAUCGCCGAGGAGAUGGAGAAGGAGAGGCAGCUGUUCCAGCUGCAGAUGUGCGAGUAUCUCCUGAAGGUCAACGAGAUCAAGGUGAAGAAGGGCGUCGACUUCCUCCAGAACCUCAUCAAGUACUUCCACGCGCAGUGCAAUUUCUUCCAGGACGGACUGAACGCGGCUGAGAGUCUGAGGCCGUCGGUGGAGAAGUUGACCACGCAGCUGAGCACGAUCAAGCAGACCCAGGACGGCGAGAGGAAACAGCUGAGUCAGCUGCGGGACGUCCUGAAGGCGUCUCUGCAGGCCGAGCAGAAGGAGGUGAGGGACUCUCAGGGGGACGGGGGGGGUCUGGACUCCAGGUGUGUAACAGGUGUGUCCUCUCAGCCCAAGCAGAGCGCCGGUUACAGCCUCCACCAGCUGCAGGGCGACAAGGCGCACGGCACCGAGCGCUCCGGGGUGCUCUCCAAGAAGAGCGAGGGACUCAGGAAGGUUUGGCAGAAGAGGAAAUGCUCGGUGAAAAACGGUUUCCUGACCAUCAGCCACGGCACGGCCAACGCGCCGCCAGCCAAACUCAACCUGCUCACCUGCCAGGUGAAGAGGAACGCGGACGAGAAGAAGAGCUUCGACCUGUUCUCACAUGACAGGACCUAUCACUUCCAGGCCGAGGACGAAGCCGAGUGUCAGGUCUGGGUGUCGGUGCUGCAGAACAGCAGAGAGGAGGCGCUGCAGCAAGCCUUCAAAGGGGAGCAGGACGAGGGGGAGAACAACAUCGUGCAGGAGCUCACCAGAGCCAUCGUGGGGGAGGUGAAGAGGAUGAGCGGCAACGACCUCUGCUGCGACUGUGGGGCGCACGGUCCAACCUGGCUGUCCACCAACCUCGGGGUGCUGAUCUGCAUCGAGUGCUCUGGGAUCCACAGGGAGAUGGGGGUCCACUACUCCAGGAUCCAGAGCCUGGACCUGGACGUUCUGGGGACCUCCGAGCUGCUGCUGGCAAAGAACGUGGGAAACGCCAGCUUCAACGAGAUCAUGGAGGCAGAUCUGUCCGUCACCAAGCCGGAUCCCUCCAGUGACAUGCAGACGAGGAAGGACUUCAUCACAGCCAAGUACAUCGAGAAGCGCUUUGUUCGGCGACUCUGUGCCGACGCCAAGUCCAGACUGCAGGUUCUGUACGAGGCCGUCAGGAACCGAGACAUCCAGUCCAUGAUCCAGGUCUACGCCGAGGGGGUGGACCUGCAGGAGUCCCUCCCACAGCCCAACGAACACGAACCCGGAGAGACGGUGCUCCACCUGGCGGCCCGUAUGGUCGACAGGAACUCCCUCCACAUCGUGGACUUCCUCGCCCAAAACAGCGUCAACCUGGACCAGCAGACGUCCCGGGGCAGCACGGCGUUGAGCUACUGCAGCCUGACGGACAACAGCGAGUGUCUGAAGCUGCUGCUGAGAGGAAAAGCCUCCAUGUCCAUCCCCAACGAAGCGGGAGAGACGCCGCUGGACAUCGCCAGGCGCCUGGGACACGCCCAGUGUGAGGAGCAGCUCGUUCAGGCUCAGACGGGGAAGUUCAACGUCCACGUCCACGUGGAGUACGAGUGGCGUCUCCAGAACGACGACAUGGACGAGAGCGAGGACGAGAUGGAGGACAAGCCGAUCCCCCACCGGCACGAGGAGCGCCCGGUCAGCUGCUUCCUGCCCUCAGCCGCGCUGCCCAACCUGGCGGCUGUAGCCCGAGACGCCGCCUGCCUGGCGAGAGAGAAACAGAGGCCUCCGCCGGAAAGCACCAUGAUCAGCAACGAGACCUACGGCACCAUGCUGGACCUCAGCCGGCCCCCGCCAGGACCCCCACCGAGGCCCACGCCGCCGCUGCCGCCCAGAGGGCCCCAGAGAGGUCCUGGACACAAUAAGCCUGUUGCCAUGGAAACCCUCGGGAGACAGCGGUCGUCCUCUGACCCCCUGAACCCUCAGACCCCCGAGAGGAACUCCUCCAUGUACGUGCUCCCAGUACCUCCACCCCCUCCAGUCAACAAGAGGUCCAGCAUGUUGGAGACCAAGACCCUGCACUCCAGGAACACCCCUCUGCCCCCUCUGCCCCCCCCGCCAGCAGCAGGACUCCCCCCAGUCCCACCAGCACCCGCCAUCCCAUCACCACCGCACUUCAAAGCUCCGCCCCUCCCACCACCCGUCCCCCUCCACAGGACCAGCAGACCAGUGGAACCACCAGGACCCAGGUCCCCCAAGUCACCCACCGCAUCAGUGAAGCGUCCUCCACAGAGGCCUCCUCUCAGGACCCCGUCUGUGAACCAACCAGGGUCCAAAUCCCCCCAAAGCUCCGGUCCUCCGACACCCAAACCCAGGAGCACCUUCUCCAAGCAGAAGCUCCAGAGGGUGAAGGCCAUCUACAACUGUUGUGCUGAUAAUCCAGACGAGCUGACGUUCUCUGAGGGGGAGGUGAUCGUGGUGGAGGGGGAGGAGGACAGCGAGUGGUGGGUGGGUCACAUGGAAGAAGAGCCCAGCAGGAGGGGAGCGUUUCCCGUCACCUUCGUCCACUUCAUCACGGAGUGACACAGAGAGAGAAGCCCCGCCCCCCUCGCUGCUCACCUGUACGGGACAACGGCCAGAGACCCGAACUGGACCUGGAACCCAGACCUGGGACUCUCCCUUGUUACGACAAGACUGAGCCCCAGUCAUAGAGUCACUCACCAUCACCACCUGCAGGGAGCAUUCACAGACAGGAAGUCGGUCCGUCUCUGUAUGUAGACCUGCAGGGACGACGUCACGCUGGUUCCUGCCAAUCAGAACCUUCCAUAUGAUUCUGGAUAAUUACCUUAAAUGCUUCCUGGGAAUCUUCACCGAUCAACUGAGUUUCAUUAGUAAACAUCACGUGUCUGUUGUGUGGUGGAGUUUUGUUUUAACCUGUUGCCUGAAGGGACAUUUCAUCUGAUUAAUAUAACGCAGUGUCAUUAAAGGACUGAAAUAAUGCUCUAAUGCAGAAUCAUUUCU